CAUUUUUGUUGAAGAAGAGGAAGAGGAGGAGGAUGAGGAAGUUUAAUUAUUCCUCCCCAACAGUCCUGCCGUCGUGCUCCUGGUAGGCCGAUCUGUCGUUUCCUCCAUUAGUGUCAGCUCAUUACAACUAUUGUUAAACCAAUUAUAGAGGUGUUAAUGGACGAUGGAAGGCCUAUUGGCAUGAAAAAACGGCCCGCAGAGAGAGGAUGUGAGUUGAGGGGGGGGGGAGAAACAGAUUUUAAAGGAGUAUUAGAUGUUUAUUAAGAGGCAGGAUUGAACAAAAUAGCAGAGAUCAUCCUGCAAGACGUGACGUUAGAUAAAUAAACCGGCUUCAUACAAUCAUUCCUGUAUGAUUAUUCUAACUAGAGGGCAACUAUCUCUGUCUGUUUACUCAGUUCAUUUUCUUAUAAAUGCUCUACUUUGCAAAUCUCCAGUACAAACAGCUUUCCUGGAUGUCUCUUUUAACAACAACAUGCAUGAUGCUACAUAAACUUGCAUUCUGUAUAUCGGAUUUCCAACCAGCACCUGAAGGCAGCAGGAUUGCAGGAAAAUAUGCAAAUAGGACAAAAAAUAUCCCACGUGUGUCACGCCAAUGUGUGGUUAACAAUGAAAUGAUCAGUUUUUGAAAGUAUGUUUAUAUCUGAAUCAUAUGAAGGAGUUCUGCCUGAUUCACAGUAUCUCCAUUCACUUUCUCUAAAAGAUUUAUUGCAUUGAGUUUUGUUUGUUUGGUCUUUCAGUAGAAGGACUUUUUUAGAUGUAGGAACUCUGUUCAGACUGGAACUGGAUUUAUUAUAAUAUGUGUUGGAGGAUAUGCAGCCCUCAAAAAACUGUUGGUUACUCAGAGGAGAAUCCCUCAAAAUUCAUUUCAUUCUCCUUUUCUGGUUUUUAAAUCACACAAACACCAACUAACUCUCAUUUUAAACAGCACAAAUGAAUCAUUUGCUCAUAGCUACAAUAUCUGAUUGAAUUGUUAUGAUCAGGGCCUGGAGGUCAGAGUUUACUAACCUUAUUAUUUACAACUACAUCACCGUGCAGAUGAAAAAAAAAAAAAAGCUCAUCUCUUUCAGGCUUAAUUACAUCAUUACAGACACUGAGGUGUUAGCUCAUUCCACGUGUUAAUCGACUUGACAGCGUUUUGCAAACAGGCGAUAAUCGCUGAGUCUUUACAGGUGAUGGCCCGCAGAGCGUCUGAUUGACGAUAUAUAUAUACUAUCACACAGCAGAAAUAUCACCAUGACAGGAUGAUCAAUCUGGAGAUUUGGUGGAAUAUGGGACAGCCGCAUGUCCGGGUGGGCCGGUGCAGCCGCCGGGCCAAUAUACAGCACGCCAGGGGGCCACAUCGGCCUUUUUGCUUGGGCCUUCCUGGAUCCCAACACGGUAUUCAAAUGUCAGGAGUAGGGCGGGACCUGCCGGGACCUUAUAAGACGAGGACGACCAGGUUUCUCCACUAUAUUUGCGCGCUACACCUCCGUCUGUCACACGCUGCGUCCAGAGGCCCCCGGAGGACAGAAAGAACGGGCCAGGAGUCAACAUCUGCCGAGCCGAAACAAGAUUAAGGUUAUGAAACAAUGGAUGACUGACAAAUAAGAAAUAUUGACUUUACUAUUCUCAGGAGCCGAGCGUCACGUCACUCUUUGAUUAUUUUUUUUUUUCAACACAUUUUUGACUCUAGAUAUUUCUCUCUUGGCAAAAAAGGAGACAACUCUGUGUUUGGAUUUUUUUCCCCUCGAAAACUUUCUACUUCGCGGAGGAUUUUAUAUUCGUUUUUUUUUUUUUUUUUUUGAUAUAUUCUUUUUAAAAAGCCUGUGAUAGGUGCUUCUCCUCCAAAGACUUGUGUUGGGGAUGUUGAGCUCUGUGAAGAUGGAAGCCCACGAUCUACCAGAGUGGAAUACUACUUUCUUCAGCGAGCCCAGUGAGAUGUAUUCCUCUCCCAGCACCAUGAACUCUGGUCUGGGCUCCAUGGCCUCCAUGGGCACCAGCUACAUCAACCUGAACCCGGCCACCGCCUCCCCUGCAGGUAUGAACAUGGCGUACUCCACCUCCAGCCUCAGCAGUUCCCCGCUGGCCUCCAUGGGCUCUGGGCCCGGCCACAUGUCCCUCUCCCCGGUGGCCUCGUCCCUCAGCUCGGGCCCUCUAACCCAGCUGGGCCCCGCUACUCCCGGCUCCUUGGGCUCCUUGUCCCACUACCAGAACAUGGGCCAGUCCAUGAGCCAGCUGGGAUACACCUCCACUGCGACCCUGAGCCGGGCCGUACCCAAGGAGAUUCCCCCGAAGCCUUACCGACGCUCCCUGACCCACGCCAAGCCACCAUAUUCCUACAUCUCCCUCAUCACCAUGGCGAUCCAACAGAGCGGCAGCAAGAUGCUCACCCUGAAUGAGAUCUACCAGUGGAUCAUGGACCUGUUCCCCUACUACCGUGAGAACCAGCAGCGCUGGCAGAACUCCAUCCGCCACUCGCUCUCCUUCAAUGACUGCUUUGUGAAGGUGGCUCGCUCACCAGACAAGCCGGGCAAAGGUUCUUACUGGACUCUGCACCCACAGUCAGGCAACAUGUUUGAGAAUGGCUGCUACCUGAGGCGCCAGAAACGCUUCAAGAUCGAGGACAAGAUGGCGAAGAAAGCGGGAAAGAGCCAGGAGGUGGGCUCAGGUAAAGGAGGCCACGGUGGAGAUCACCUGGGGGAGGAUCACAGCCCCACAGGAGGAUCAGAAGGAGCUGACUCCGCCCACUCAGACAACUCUCACCCGGGCUCUUCAGACGACCAGCCGCAUCCCCGAAACUCCCUGGUUCCACUAGACUGCCCGCCGCUGUCCUCCUCACACCUCCACAGCCCACCUGUCUCCCUGCCUCCCUCCUCCUCCACAUCAUCCUCCAUCCCUCCAUCCUCCUUGUCUCUCUCCGCCACCUCCUCCUCCUCCAACCCGCUCCUCCACUCCCAGUCUUUAGCAGGUAGCGCCCACCUCCUGCCCAGCGCCAUGCAGCAACACAUGGACCUACAGAGCGAUGCCCUCAAGUCUCUGGACCCCCACUACAACUUCAACCACCCAUUCUCCAUCACCAAUCUCAUGUCCAACGAGCAGAAGAUGGACCUCAAGUCCUACCAGGACCAGGUGAUGGCCUACAACAGCUACGCAGGAGGCUCUCCUGUGGGAGUCAAGCAGAUCUACGACAGCCCUGGGCCAGCCAGCAUGGACUCAGGCGCUUACUACCAACCUCUGUACAGCCGCUCAGUGCUCAACGCCUCCUAAUAUGGACAUUCACCCCACCCCCAUACACAUACACACACCUGUCAGUAGAGGUGAGCCAAGAUGGAGACUUCUCUUUCUCUCUUCCUUUUCUAAAAUGGACACCCAAGCUCUCUUUAUCUUCCUCUUUCUCUCUCUUUCCCUCUCUGGCUCAUGUCCAGUGGCCUUGGAAGAGACUCACAUCUAAAAUGGCUGCCAUGUUUGAGGGACCAGAGAACCUUUUUUUUUUUUUUUUUUCUCUUUUACCAACUCUGACAAACACAGAGACUGGUUGGUUACACUGAGGAUAGAAAAGUGAAGCUGGAAAAUUCUACACUGAUGAUGAAGAUAUUUGACUUUGUGUGUAUGUAAGUCAGAUGUCAGAUCCCGUCUUUGCCUGUCACAAGAACAUUACGUGUGGCAAAAUUGGCCUUGUAUAAAAUGUAAAUAGAGCUAAUGUGGGGGGAAAAGGAUAUUUGCAUUUAUUUAUAAAGGGAAUAAAUUUUAAUAUAUCUUGUAUAGCGUUCUGUCGACCAGUUACAACCCAAAUGUUAGGGGUUUUUUUAUCCAAAGACGGAGAGAAGGAGGCAAGUUUCAGGUUACUGCUUCAGGCAGGUGUUACUGCAGCGGGAGACAGUAAAGUUGAUUUUUUUUUUUUGUGUUACAGCAUUUCUCACAUCUCUCACUACGUUCCGUCAGAUCUACCAGAUCAGACAUCUGUCAAUGUAAAUGUAGCUUUCGAAGUUUUUUAAAAAAGAAAUGGUUUGUUGUUUAUGGUUCAUAUGAAGAAACACAAAGCCAUUUUAUCCUUGCUGGAGCACAGAGAGGGGAGGAAAAAAAAAGAAGUAGAAAAAUUUUGCAGCCAGAAGGAAAGAGGCAAAGUAACUGUGGUAAAAAAAAAAAAAACUAAAAAAAAAAACUUAAAAAGCAUGUUGUGUUUAUGUCUUUUAUUUCCCACAAUCAUUUCCUUUUGUUACCUAUACGAGGGCAUUAAAACAAAAUGCUUUUCCAGCAGACUGUAACAUUUUGAAUAACAGAUAGCGGGUGAGGUGCAUAGAGGAGUUCAGUCAGUUACUAAAACAGUGGAAGGGAGGAGAGAUGCACUAGGGGAGGAUUUACAUACAGUACUUUGCACUAUGGAGCUCCCACUGACCAGGUGAGCUGAUGGGCUGGUGUGUGUGUGUGUGUGUGUGUGUGUUACAACAAUAGUUAGGAACACCCCCCCACCCCCCCCCCCAACACACUGUCAGUGGAUCAGCUCAAUGGGAUCAGUGUAACAAGGUUUCAAAUAACUCUCACUGUUCAAAAAGUGCCUUUUCCUCAAACAACUGCUGAUCUGAUAAGACAUCGAUGUAUAGAUGAUCUAUUGAAGGAUUAUUCCCAAAAAAAAAAAAAAACAGAGGACGCAGAAGUUUCAGGUCACAUGACGUCCUUUGUGGAGCAUAUUUUAGUUUCAGAGAAAUGUCUUUUAUUUAAGCUAUGUUGCUUUUCAGACUUUGGAAGUGUGCUGAUAUAAUAUAUUGUUUUAUUGUUUUUUUUUGUUGUUGUUUAUGUUGGUUUAAAUGUGAUUACAAUCAUUCAUGUUUCAUUUUUCUUAUUAAAAAGGCAAAAAAUGGGGACAAAUUGUGCAUUUGUUUUUCUUUUUCAGCAACAUUUCGGCUGAAAGUGCUUAUUAUCAGUGUGGAUAUAAAUUAAAUGUAAAUAUUCAGUGUUAAAAUCAGUAUUUUGUUGUUUCUUUGUUUCUCAAGCUU